UUUUUCGCAAACCAUUUCAAAAAUUCUAAAUUUCAUAUUUUAUGACCAUAACCUUAAAUUCUUCGCCAAGAAUUUGUAGUCAUACUUGAUUUUUGUUUAACUUGACUUGAAUUGAAAUAUGUUGUGACAAUUUGAACAAUAUUUUCUUCAUAUCUUCGUUAAAGUUUAUAUUAUACGAGAACUCGUGACCGACUUUAACUUUGGACUUGGUCUUAGGCAUCCACCAACCAACUGAGCUUUAUAUUCAACUCUCAUGCUGAGCAUUCUGACCGUUGUGCUUUCUCCAUUGAAUCAUAUUCUUCAACAGGCUGCUCUAUAAAGUCAUUCUCCUCUGCCAUUCAAUUCCACAUUCAGACAUGGCCACCCACUUCCACUUCGCCAUUCUUUCUGCCAUUGUUCUUCUCAAAUAUCUCGCACUUCCUGGUGUUAGCUCGGCCACCCUGAAUCUCGACACAGACAAACAGGCUUUGCUUGCAAUCAAGUCAGCAUUUCAAACCAUUCCGCCUUCAAAUCCCCUGUUUUCUUGGAGUAACCAAACUUCAUCUCCCUGCAACUGGGUCGGCGUUACCUGCGACACAAAUGGAAGCCGAGUGGUUGCCCUGAAUCUCGCCGGCUUUCAACUCUCUGGCGCCAUCGAUCCUCACGUUGGGAACCUCUCCUUCCUUCGCUCACUUCAACUCCAGAGCAAUCAACUAACAGGGCAAAUCCCACAUCAAAUCAACAAGCUUUUUCGCUUGAGAGUUUUGAAUAUGAGUUUCAACAAUUUACAAGGCCCAUUACCUUCCAACAUCACUACAAUGGCUGAUCUCGAGACCCUUGACUUGAUGUCCAACAAGAUCAAUGGGAGACUCCCGGACGAGCUCAGCCGCUUGACCAAGCUACAAGUUCUUGUUUUGGCACAGAACCAACUCUACGGUGAAAUCCCACCAUCUUUUGGUAAUCUUUCAUCGCUUGUUACCAUAAAUUUAGGAACAAAUUCAAUCAGCGGACCCAUUCCCACCCAAUUAUCCAACCUUCCAAACUUGAAGGACCUGAUUAUCACCAUUAACAACCUUUCUGGGACUGUUCCUCCCGGCAUAUACAAUAUGUCUUCCUUGGUUACUCUGGCCUUGGCCUCCAACCACCUCUGGGGAACGUUCCCCAAGGAUAUUGGAGAAAAGCUCCCCAAUCUUUUAGUAUUCAACUUUUGCUUCAAUAAAUUUACAGGAACAAUCCCUGAGUCGUUGCAUAACAUUACAAGAAUACAAGUCAUACGGUUCGCACAUAAUUUUCUUGAAGGGACAGUCCCACCAGGUCUCGAGAAACUUAACCAUCUCUCAAUGUACAACAUCGGAUACAACAAGCUUGUGGGUUCUGAUGCAAAUGGGGGCCUCAAUUUCAUCACUUCCUUGACAAACAGCUCUCGCCUAGCCUUUCUAGCUCUCGAUGGGAACAACUUUGAAGGUGUAAUUCCGGAUUCCAUUGGGAAUCUCUCCCAGGAACUUUCUAAGCUGUAUAUGGGAGAGAAUCGUUUUUAUGGGAAGAUACCCACAACAAUCUCUAAUCUCCACGGCUUGUCUCUUCUAAAUUUGAGUGAUAACUCGUUAUCAGGUGAAAUCCCAGCUCAAAUUGGCAAAUUGGAUAAGCUUCAAAUGCUUCUUAUGGCAAGGAAUCGAUUGUCUGGUAGUAUUCCAAGUUCUUUGGGUGAUCUUCGAAUGUUGAAUCAAAUUGAUUUAUCAGGAAACGAUUUGGUUGGUAACAUACCCACCUCUUUUGGGAACUUUAAGAAUCUGCUCUACUUGGAUUUGUCCAAAAAUAAGCUCAAUGGAAGUAUACCGAGAGAGACACUCACUCUGCCUGCUUUAAGCAAGAUUCUAAAUCUAUCCAAUAACCUUCUCAGUGGGUCUCUCCCUCAAGAAAUUGGGUCUCUACAAAAUGUUGUUGCCAUUGAUAUCUCAAACAACCAUAUCUCUGGUAACAUUCCUUCUUCAAUUAGUGGCUGCAAAAGCUUGGAGGUAUUUAUAAUGGCGAGGAAUAAACUCUNGAUAAUGGCGAGCAAUAAACUCUCAGGUCCUAUUCCAAAAACGUUUGUUGAUCUUAGAGGCCUCCAGCUUCUGGAUCUCUCCUCCAACCAUCUGUCAGGCCCCAUUCCUGAUGAGCUUCAACAGUUGAAUGCUCUUCGAACUCUUAACCUUUCUUUUAAUGAUCUCGAGGGAGUUGUUCCAAUGGAGUUUAGAAAUAUCACCAACCUUUAUUUGCAAGGCAAUCCAAAGCUUUGUGAUGGAUAUUUCUCAUGUGCAGCGACAGGGACAAAAGGGAAGGUAAUUAAAAUUGUUGUCGUCUCUGUUUUAUCAGCAUUGUUGGCAAUACUUCUUGUAUUUGGAACUUUGGUUUACUUCAUGAGAAGAAAAUCAAAGGUUCCAUUGUCAUUAUCAAGUGAAUGGGUAAAGGGGAAGCCUGAAAUGAUCUCCCAUCGUGAGCUUUGUUUGGCAACGGAUAAUUUCAGCCCCGAAAAUAUGAUUGGGAAAGGAAGCUUUGGGACAGUCUACAGAGGCUGUUUGGAACAGGGGAUUGGUAUUGCAGUCAAGGUGUUUAACACAGAGAGAGCUGGUUCUGUGAGGAGCUUUCUUGCUGAGUGUGAGGCUCUAAGACAUGUGAGACACCGAAAUCUUGUUAAACUAAUCACAUCAUGCUCCAGCAUUGACUUGAAGCAGCAGGAGUUUCUUGCUUUGGUUUAUGAGUUUUUAAGCAAUGGAAGCUUGGAUUCAUGGAUUCAUAAGCAUAAACUUCAUGAAGAUGGAAGUGGGCUAAACUUAGUGGAGAGGUUGAACAUUGCCAUUGACGUUGCUUCUGCGUUGGAUUACCUCCACAAUGGCUACGACGUUCCGAUUGUCCACUGCGAUUUAAAGCCCAGCAACAUUAUUCUGUCGGAAGACAUGACUGCAAAAGUUGGGGAUUUCGGGUUAGCUCGUUUUCUGAUGGAAGGCGAAACCAACCAAUCUGCUUCCAUUACUUCGAGUCGUGUCUUAAAGGGCUCCAUUGGCUAUGUUCCUCCAGAGUAUGGAGUGGGAAGAAAGCCUACAAGAGCUGGAGAUGUGUACAGUUUUGGGGUGACAUUGGUGGAGCUUUUUACAGGGAAACGUCCAACUGACGAAAGGUUUUCAGGAGAGCUGAACUUGAUGAAAUGGGUUGAGUUGGGUUAUCCAAAGAACGUGGAUGAAAUAGUGGACGCUGCGCUGUUAGAAUCACGAUUCAACUUAUACUAUGAAGAACAAGAGAUUAACCCAAGAAAACAGUAUGAUUGUCUGGUUGAUGUCAUGGGUGUUGGACUCUGUUGCACUGCUAAUUCGCCUGAAAAACGUAUUAGCAUGAAAGAUGUGUUUGUAAAGCUCAAGACGAUAAGAGCCACUCUUGUUCAUCAUUCAGAUGGGAACAAUGAGUGAAAAAAGCAUCCACUUGUUGCUGAUGAUAUUGGGGACAGUCAUUGCAAGGAUUUGAGAGUAUAAAACAGUGGUAGUGUUGAUAUUUUCAUGUACAACUAAUAAACAUAAGCACUUGUCGAUUGGUUUUAGCAAAUGACACUCAAGCUCUUUUAACAAAUUUUAUACGUUCAACCUAUCCCACCCACUUUGAGGCCCAGCAUCCUAGUUAGCACUGGUUCCUUUCUCCAAUCAAUCCACUCCUCUUUGGGGCCGAGCGUCCUUGCCGGCACACUGUUUGGUGUCCACUCCCUUUCGGGGCCCAACGUCCUCACUGGCACAUCGCUCAGUGUCCACCCCCUUUCGGGACGCAACGUCCUCGCUGGGACACUACUCCGUAUCCACCCCUUUUGGAGCUUAGCGUCCUAACUGGCCCGAUGUCCACCCUGCUUCAAGGCUCAGCGUCCUCGCUAACACACCACCCGAUAUCUGGCUCUUAUAUCAUUUGUAACCCUC